CAACAGUCCAAGGACGAUGACCUCAGGCAAACUCGAUACGUCGAUUUUUAAGACGAAAACAUUGGAAACCCUCCUCAAUGCGCUUCUGGAGGUCACCACCCAGAAGAACCUCCUUGUGCUAGACAGCCGGAUCAUCCCUUUGGUCAACUACCUCACGCCGUUCAGCGCGUUGAAAAGCCACAGCCACAUCGAAGCCACAAUCAAUCUCGAUGAGUUUGUGCGGAAGCUACGAGACGAGCCUACGCUCUUGGGCCAGUUUCAUAGCUUGAUCAUCAUUAUGGACAGUGCUUACGACGACUCUGUCAGCUACUUGCGCAAGUUCUUGCCCAGCCUCCCGUCCAAGGCCACCACCUUGAUCUUCCGAAACCUUACCAAGAGCCUCUUGUUCCAAGUCAACGAGAUCGGGAGUCUUGGGCUUACGUUUGAAGAUGUUAUUUACAGCGAAAGAGCCGGGACGGAGUUUGACGCCAAUCCAUUUUUGACCGUGCGUAAUUGGCCGACGUACGCGCUCCCGUUGGAGGAGAAUCUUUUGUCGCUCUCGCGACAGGAUCUAGAUAUCCAAAGCUACUUGAAUAAUCCGUUGCACGAAGUUUCAGACUUGGCCGAUGCUUUGGUGGAUAUCACCGCCAACUUGCCCCUCAGCUUUCAGAACUUUUUUGGCAAGGGUGACAACGCGUGCUUGCUUCUUGAUAACUUUGAGAAGCGGUUGGCAGCGCGGUCCACGACUUUGUCUGAGUUUGAGACGUACGAGCUCCUGAAGGUGGGGGUAAACACGGAUUUGGUCGUGUUGGAGCGAAACCUCGACUUCAUUUCUGUACUCCUCACCCAGCUCAGCUACGGGGGGUUGGUUCGUGAAGUGUUGGAAGACGAGGAGUUUGGUAUCAUUGAGACUGAGCGCUUGGAGGACGAAGAGCUGGAGAACAAGCAAAAGAUCCGGCUCGACGACCCGUUGUACGAGCGAUUCAAAAACCUCAACUUCAGUUCCAUUGGCCACAAUUUAAAAAAAACCGCUCAAGAAUUGCAGGGCGAGUUUGACUCCCGUCACCAGGCCUCGACUAUUAACGAAAUCAAGAACUUUGUGUCGAACCUAGGCGGUUUAACGUCCAAGCAAACCGACUUGAAGAAACACACCAGCAUCUCCGAGUACAUCAUCAAGGAGUUCAAUGUAGAAGGCGCAGGCGUCCCGGAAUGCGUGGAAAGUGCUAGCGACAGCACCCUCUUCUUCCAGAACGAUUUGUUUGAGUUGGACUAUCGUGCCGCCAUCCAGGCGAUCACAAAGAUCACCAACCGUGGACAGUACCCUCUCCAACUGGUGGUCAAGUUUGUGGUGGUGUUGUCAAACCUCCAAAGCAACAACGAAGGCAUUCGGCUAAAAGACUAUGAAAUAUUGAAGGCGGAGAUCCUCCAGUCGUACGGAGUGUAUCCGGCGUUGUUUUUGCUCCAAAAGCUUGAGUAUCACAAAAUUCUCAAGGUCCAACCCGAGGGACACAGCACCUCAUUGUUUCCCUUUAGCUUGGGGUCGACCCCGCUGGAGACCACCACCGUGGCGAGCCCUGGGUACAAGCAGUCGCCACUGGCAGGCAUGCCAAUCACCGGCUCGUGCUUGAAAGACUUUUUCCUGUUGGCCAAUCAGCUCAAUUUGUUACCCCCGCUUCCGGAGACGUACAACCCCGAAACGGUUGAGGACUUUACCACGUAUCCAAACCAGUCGUUCUUCUACCCGGGAAACUACGUGCCCAUUGUGUCGCGGUUGGUGGAAGCGUUGUAUUUGCGUGCCUUCAUGGUCAACCGGCCGCUCAACAAUCUCUACAAAAGGCCUAACUGGAUCGGGUUAAACCUCAGCAAGUUUUUGGCUGGGAACGAAAUCGACAAGGCGUUGGUUUCCGAAGAACAGUACGCGUUUCCGAAGAAGCCUCAGCCCCAGACCUCCCCGUUUAAGGAGGAGCUUGUGUUGGUGGUGAUGAUGGGGGGCAUCACCUAUAGCGAGCUUGUGGCGAUGCGGUACUUGGAAUCGCGGAUGAAUGAGAAAUUUUUUAAACGGGUUAGGAUCCAAAAGAAGCUAGUGGUGUUGACCGCCGGUGGGUUCAUCAAGGGGGAUACCUUGAUUGGGGGGUUGUUAAAGUAACGAGAAGCGUGGUAUACGGGCAGAAGUUUUCGCUUGAACCGAUAAGAUAGGCGAUUGAAGCGUACACUAUCACACCCCAUUCAAAGACUUACAAACCAAUAGACAGAUAUCUUUGAGAUAACUAAUAAUAGCAUUUUACUAUGGAUAAUUUUAGACCGCAUGGUGGCCAACACUGGUAAAUACGUGGUUAGGCAUGGCUCAAACAUUCACCGUCUAAAAACAACUGAAUCAUUAACCUGCAAAACCGCGACAUUACAGGUAUAAUAUUUAUGACAGGGUGUUUUAUGGGGUAUUCAUUGUAUUCGGUGUGAUUAUUUUGAUUAAA